AAAGCUUCCCAAUUUGCCUGAAAUCUCAGUAAACAGGUCCAUUUCAGACUUGAGUUGGGAGUGGCGAUGAAGAGAAGAGCGGCUUCAUUAGGUACUGCUGCUGCUGCUGCUAAUUGUACUACUCUUGCUUCAUUUCUCUCUGCAUUCCCAAGCUCUAAACCCCAAUUAGCGUUCUGUUCAGCUAUAGCAACUAGUAGUGAUAAAAUUAGAAAUCAUCAGCACCAAAUUGGGACGUCUUCUGGUAACGUUUUGCAAUUUCUUUCUGGGUUGAAGGGUAGGAUUGAUAGUAUUGACAGUCUUGAUGAUGCUCUGAACUUAUACCAGCAGAUGGUCCGGAUCAGGCCUCUGCCCUAUGUCUUUUGUUUCAAUCGACUGGUGGACCGCAUUAUUAAGAUGAAGAAGCAUUAUUCAUCUGCUGUCUCAGUUUUCAGAGAUAUGUACGUCAGGGGCAUUCCUUUUAAUGACUGCACCCUCAAUGUUGUGAUUAAUUGUUACAGUCUCUUGGGUCGAGUGAAUUUGGGGUUUUCUGUAUUGGGUGUCUUCUUCAAGCGUGGUAUUCUGCCCGACGUAGUCACCUUCAAUACUCUACUUAAAGGACUCUUUCGGGAACAUAAGGUUCCCCAAGCACAAGAAUUGUUUAAGAAGAUAAUAUUUGAAAAGCUUUGCGAGCCUAAUGAAGUUAUGUUUCUGAUUGUGAUAGAUGGGCUCUGUAAGGUGGGCAACACUCAAAAAGCUGUUGAAUUCCUAAGAGUCAUGGAAAAAAGAAGAAGAUGUAAGCCCAAUGUUAAUGUGUACAAUACUAUCAUUGACAGCUUUUGCAAAGAUAAAAUGGUCAGUGAAGCUCUUGCCCUUUCGCAGGAGAUGAUUGAAAAGGGCAUUCCCCCAGAUGUUGUCACUUAUAAUUGUUUGAUUGGUGGUCAAUGCAAUUUAAAUAGAUGGAAAGACGUUACAAAGCUCUUUUCUGAGAUGACGGAUUACAAAAUUACUCCAGAUGUUGUUUCUUUUAAUACAGUGGUGGACGCACUGUGUAAGGAAGGACAAAUCGAAGCGGCUGAAGAGGUAGUCGGCAUCAUGAUUAGGCAAGGCCACAAUCCCAAUCUGGUCACAUACAGUUCCUUAAUGGAUGGAUACUGUUUAAAGUGGCGAAUAGAUGAAGCAAGGAGGGCCUUUGAUGCCAUGAUUACUAGCGGCAUUACUCCUGACCUCCAUAGCUAUGGUAUUCUGAUAAAUGGCUAUUGCAAGCACAAGAAAGUGGAAGCAGCCAUGAAUAUCUUUCGUGAGAUUCAGCAUAAAGGUUUAACACCUAAUAUUGUUGUUUAUACCACUGUCUUGCAGGGGCUAUAUAGCGUAGGAAGCUAUCUUAGUGCAAGAGAAGUUUUUGAUGAGAUGCGAACUGCCGGCAUAAAGCCUAAUUUUUACACUUACUGUGUGAUGUUGGAUGGAUUAUGCAAGACUGGACAUGUCGACGAAGCAUUGCAGUUAUUCCAUUCAAUGGAAGCUGAUGGAAUCGAUCAUCAUAUAGGCAUGUACAGUAUCAUCCUUGAUGGUUUGUGCAAACUUGGGAGGCUAGAUAGUGCUCGUGAUCUUUUUGACAAUCUCUUUGUUAAAGGAUUGGAUCCUGAUGUCCCAGCAUACACCACAAUGAUUGCUGGCCUGCUUUCACAAGGCCUGCUCACGGAAGCUAAAGAGCUUUUUCAGAAAAUGGAAGAAAAUGGUUGCCUGGCAGGUAGCGUUACAUUCAAUGUUAUUCUGCAAGAACUCCUUAAAGGAGGCCAUUAUGACGAUGCAAUAGUCUACCAUGAAGAAAUGGUUCGUAGAGGUUUCUUGCUAGAUGCAUCUACUUUUUCCAUUUUACUUGAUUCAUCUACUGAAAAACAGAAAAAUCCUUCUCUACUUAUGUUGAUGCUGAAGAUUGGUCCUGAUAGCAAGAAGUUUACGGACGGGGGAUAAAGAGGACCUUCACAUUGGUUGCAACUUUUGGUCCUACUGGUUUUUGGCCCCUAAACUUUAACUAACAUUAUUUAGGUUUGCUUUUGAUUCUGUUUACGGAAUGUAAAAAGUGUUGCAGCUGAGCCUUGAGUAGCUCUCUUGGUCAUAUUAUGUGAAACGCCUCAAAGUUCUUCAGUCCAGGUGGAAGAAGACGUUGUCUUUAAGGGAAGUUCAAUUUAUAACUGUACUGGUGUAGCAGUUCACAGAAACCUGCUGCUGUUAAUUGGAUAUGUACAGCUUCUUCAGAGAGACUUCUUGCUUAUCCUUUCAUAGAGAACCUCAGUGUAGCAUAUCACUUAAAAGGUGAUCAUAUUGAAAUUUUCUUCUUUGAUUCGGGGUUUUCUGAUUACAAUUAGGGUUUGAGUAAAAAGCCUAGGGAGACCUUAAACUAUCACCAUUGUCAAGUUUUGGUCCCCGAUCUAAUUUUGUCUCCGAUAAGCCCCUAAACAAUUAAAAAUGCAUAGUUUAAGUGUUUCCUGUCAUUUUAAACCAAAGUCAAGCCGGAAGUAAAGGGCAAUUUCGUCCAACUAUAAUUGAAACAUCAGGACCAGAAUUAGCAUUAGAUCCAUUAGACAAGAAUUCUAACAAAAAAAAGCAUCAGAUCUUCACCUUGAACCUUUUUAGAUCCAUUAGACAGAUUUCUAAUGAAAAAGCAUUAGACCAUCUUCACCUUGAACCCUUUACCAAUAAUCUCCUUGUACCUAAAGAUAGAAUCCAACCUCUGCAAGCAAAAGCUCUACCAGCAGUGUGGGGAACAACACAGUGACUAGCAACCCAAACAAUCAAGCAUCUUGGUGGUGGUGGUAGCGGAAAUGGCAUGGGUGGUAUUGGAAGCAUUUCUACCAUUGGAAAUCAUAGUUGGUAUGCUUUUCGUGAUGGGGAAUGCUCAGGACUUUAUCCACAAAGCCACCCAUGGCUGGUCGAAGCACAUCGAUAACGACAUUUGGGAUGUGGCCACGGAAAGAAGGGACAAGAAGCCCAUGGAUAUGCUAUCCUCUUCUUCUACUCCUAAUUAACAAUCUAACUUAGGAAGCAUUAUGGCCUAUCGGUGAAUUUUUGGAUCUCUUCAUGUUUUGCAAGCAUUGAAGUUGUGAGCAGACAAGUUGAAUUGUUGUCUUCCUUUUGCAGCUCACUUUAAGCUUUUGAAAUAAAAAAAAAAAAGGAACAAGCUAUUGAUGUUGAUUGUCUGGAUUUGGUGGAUGAUAAAAUAACUAUAGAUGUUUGAGUAAUAAUAAUAAUAAAAAAUCCAGCUCCUGCUACUUCAACUAUUACUUUAACCUGUAGACGAAAUAAUUAGCUGGAGAGAGAGAGAGAGAUACUUUUCUUGAUACUUCAAAUAUGGUUGGACAAUAAUACCAUUUGCUUCCGGCUUGACUCACAUAUAAAAUGACCGGAAGCACUUAAACUAUGCAUUUUUUAUUGUUUAGGGGCUCAUCAGAGACAAAAAUUAGAUCGGGGGUCAAAAUUUGACAACGGUGAUAGUUUAAGGGCUCCUCAGGUUUUUAAUCAGUAGGGGUUUGGCAGCUAAAAAAAUAGGGAAAAGGGGGAAGAAAGGGUUUGGUGGCUUACAAUUUCUUAUUUUUUUUUUUUAAAACAAAUAGAAAAUGAAGUAUGUUUCCAUUUUUGUUCUUGAAAUUAUGAGCGCGUAAGAGAGGUGUGCAGUUUUUGGCUGGAGAACCAAGCAAGAAUGAACUUUGGGACCAAUCGGGUAGAUCUUUUUAUAUUUGAAGGACUAUUGUGGCUAAUUUUAAAUGUUAGGGACUAAAAAAGUUUUGUGAGGGACCAAUUUGGCAAAUUUCCCUUUUCAAUAAUCUGGAGGAAAUUUUUUCUUGUAAGUAGAAUAAAUUUGUCACUUUUGUUGCAAUUCCUAAAUGGAACCAAAGGUGCAGCCAGUUUAAAAGUGUAAAAAAUUUUUGGACCAGUAUCUUGGUUUGGGUUAAAAUUUUGAGGUCCCAUGGAGGGUCUUGGUUGUUGACUUCUGUCACUGCAUUUGAUUGAAGGCUAACUUUUCAAGUGUAAUCCAGAAAAUGUAUUCUAAUCACUUUUAACUAUCAAUUAGACUACACAAGGAUCCUUAUUAGUGAAGCUUUAAAGCCUUUAAUUUGUAGGCAUUGGUAAUCUUGCAACAGUUUUAUCAGUAUAAGAACUCAUUGAGCUUUUAUUAUUUAAAAUUGAUGUCAAUGCUGUAUUAAAUUGUAUAGUUACUGGUAGGAAUCUGGCAAAAAUAUCUUUUUCUUAAAUUAGUUGCACUAAUCUGUCCAAGAAACUCUCCAUUCUUUUCUUAUUGUUAUCCUGAUAAAUACAUUUACUCGAUUGUUUAGUUCAUCUAAAAUAAACUUCCUGAUAAUGAAUUCUUUACUUUUAGCAUUAGAUUGUUGCUAAAUUGCAAUAAUAACUAAAGAAUUGGUGUUUGUUGCACAAGUAUACCAAUUCGUUGAACUUCUGUUAGGUUCCCGUCUGCAAUGGUCAAAAUAAUAAAGAAAAAGAAAAGCGCCUUAGUGUCUAAUCAAAAUGUUAAUAGUACACUCUGUUCUAGUCUGGCAAGUUGCAUAUCUGUUGUUUCUUUUUCUUAUUCUUGUUCUUUCCUGGAGAGCAGGAGGAAGGUGAAAGUUUGUAUGGAGUGUGAAGAUUUCAUGUCAGAUAAGACUGCAUUGAAACAAUCAAUUAGGUAUUAAAAAGCAGAGAAAAACUUUUUGUCGAAUUUUAUGUAAAAGAAUUCAGCUGAAGUGAUUAAGGCUAAUUUCUUCAAUCAAUUUUGGGAACAAUUUCUGUGGCUCUACUGACCAUGUCCUCGUUAAGUAUGUCAUGCUUAAAAUUGAUGGAGUAUCUCUUUUAGUUGUGGAAAAAGCAAACUAUUUAGUGACCUAUAAAAAACAUCGAGAAGCAAUCUUUCGUUGAUCUGUCAUAUAGCUGUUCUGUGCAGAUUUUUUAUUUGUAUGAUUUUGUUAAUGCAUGCACAAAUGAGCGAUGGGGUCGUCUGUUGCAAAGACAAUGACAGUUGCAUGUUUUUUGGUUAAGAAGAACAAGUCUUCUUGCUCAUGUUAAAAUUUUAUUUUGGUACCCUAGGGUGAAGAUUUCAACGAGACCUUGUACAGAUGUCUCCAGAUUGAACUUAAGCUUUAUCAAGGUAGAAUAAGUUCCACGUUGAGUUCAAGUUUAGCUCAGAAAGUAUUAUUCUUCCAUAUUGUGCGCAUGCUUGGAGUUAAGACGCCAUUGAAAUUUUGUCUACUUUGAAGGUCAACUUAGCACAUUUAAAAUAUAAAUAAAAAUAAAAAUAAACAAUGGAAAUGAAACCUGUGUACUGCUACAUCUUCAUGUGCAAGUUGAACUUCUGCAAUAGUAGGGCGACCCCUUACGAUUUUCUGAUUGAGCAUGUAAUAUAUUGCCAGAGGUUACAAUCAUGUUGAUUCAAUUUUGCAGAGAUUGUGAUUUCAAAUAAAGUUGUUAAUAUCUCAUCUCAAAAUCUAGAUAUACUACCCAUGAUAAGCCUGCCAUGUUAGUCAUAAGUCACUUAGAGUAGGAUUUUCCUUAUUCAUGUCAUAAAUUCUAGUUUUGUUUCCAAUAUAUUGAUUCUGACCUUAAUUUCUUGGCCAAAGUUAGUUGUCUAUGCAAUUUUCUCUUAGUGCAUUUGUCAAACAGGUUCAAGUCAUCUUCCAAAACGGCACAUAUGUUUCCAAACAAAUUCAAUGGAUGAUUUGAUUCAUUCUCUAAGAAGCCAAAGAGAAGACGAAGCAUGGUGGUGCCAUUGUCUUCAUCUCUGACAGCUCCAAGUGUUCCUCUGGGACAACAACAGAGUGCAGAGAGCCGAUAUUGAAAACUUCCCACCUGUCAUCAUCAAUUUUCCAGUAAUUCUUCCACCUCUUCUCCUCAAUUGAACCACCUGUCAUUCACUUUCACAGACACGUCAUACAAAUCCAGCAAGAAUAAUGACGAUGAUAAUCUCUUCGUCAAUGCUGAAUAAGUUUUGGAGAUACAGGAUAUAGCGGGUAUACUGCUUUCUACCUUUUGGUGCAACUGUUAGAAUGUCAGGCAAAUGUGCUAUAUUCAGGGGAAGAAGAAAACCCCAUGACUUGUUUUGCAAAAGACAACCCCUUGUCCCCAAGGAUUGGAAGGGUACUUAUUGAACUGAAGGAACAAAAGCAUGAAUGCUCAACAGGAGAAGAAACUGAUUCAUGUGCAACUUGCUCAGGUUUUUCUUUUGCGUUUGCAAAUGGAGAUUGUCUCACCACUUAAACAGAUGAUAAAUGAGGCCAAAUCUUCAUGGGCACUUUGUGGUUUUCAUCCAUUGUUCCAGCUUUCCAUUCUUUGAGGCUAGCAGUUGUUAAUUGUGAAGAUCUAAAAGUGUACCAGGGCGUUCCUUUGUUCGAUGAGACUGAUAGAGUAGUGGCAGUGGUGAAUAAAUCAGGUUUAUAUAUAUUUUUUAUUUCUUGAUUAAUUUUUGCAAUCUUGUUUUGCUUAAUCUACUUAGGCCCUGUUUGGGACCCCAAGUUUUUUACAAGUUUGUAUGCUACUAGUUUUUUAACAACUUUUGCUACAGGAACCUCAAAAAA